AUGCAGAGCGACGACGUGAUAUGGUCUGUAAUCGGCCAUGAAUUCUGCUCGUAUAAAGUCAAGACUGUCACUCAGAAUUUCUGCCGGAAUGAGUACAAUGUCACCGGUUUGUGUACACGGCAGUCAUGUCCACUUGCGAACUCGCGGUAUGCGACGGUGAGGGAGAAUGAAGGUGUGCUGUAUCUGUAUAUGAAAACGAUUGAGCGAGCACAUACACCUGCUAAUAUGUGGGAGAAGAUUGAGUUAUCAAAAGACUAUUCCAAGGCACUAGAGCAGAUCGAUAAAGAGCUCAAGUAUUGGCCAAACUUCACUAUUCACAAAUGCAAACAGCGUGUUACGAAGAUAACUCAGUAUCUCAUCAAAAUGCGUCGAAUAAAACUACGGCAGGAGCCAAAGCUCGUGGGCGUGAAAAAGAAGCUAGAUAGACGCGAAGCUACACGGGAACGCAAGGCUCUCUCUGCUGCCCACCUUGAAAAAUCCAUCGAAAAGGAGUUGAUCGAGCGGCUCAAAUCAAAAGCGUACGGCGAUGCGCCACUCAACGUCAACGAAAGUGUCUGGCAAACAAUUCUUGACCGAGAAAAGAGUGGAAAGGAGAAGGAAUUGAAUGCUGAUGCUCAAUUCGAUAUGGAAGAUGAUGAGACGGACGGGGAGGAGGAAGAGGAGGAAAUGGAGGAAGACUGGGAUGCCGAAGGAGGCGAGUUUGUCAGUGAUUUUAGUGGAGAUGAAGAUGGCGAUUUGGAUGAUGGACUAAGCGAUCUGGAAGAUGUGGUAGAUGGAGGACUAGGCGCAGAGGAGAGUGGGGAUGACCAAUCAGACGAUGACAGUUCACCAGAAGAUCAACCACCGUCCAAAACUGUCCUUGGAAAGCGGAAAACCAAGCCAACAGCAAGAGCGCCCCCAAGAAAGAAAUUGGACAAGCCCGGGAGAAGAGGUCCGAGGGUGGAAGUGGAAAUCGAGCAAGAAAUGGAGAGCGUACUGCUCACAAGGUCCGCAUUGGCCAAUUGGUAA